UGGCAACCUAAGAGGUUCUUUUUGAGGGACGUGCGGCUUGGCGUGUGGCACUUCUUGUUAGUACUCAGAAAAUUCUUGCUUUAGUGCUUCUGUGAAAAUUGCAUUAGUUUUAAAUUUUUUUGUCGUCGCCCUGCUAGUUGGACUUAUUAUUAUACCGAUGGGGUUAGCCCUAAAUCGGAAACCAUUAUUACUAAAAGUUAAUUUUUGGCUCCCAAAUCGAUGCAAAAUUGAGCCUACUGCAAUUCAACAUUUAGAUUUUAGUUCUAGACAUGCGAUUUCUUUAAUUUAAUUCCUAAAUUUUGAGAUUUUUUUUUAUUUAAUUCGAAAAUUUACCUUCUAUUCUGUGAUAUCUUAUUGUGUUAAAAGUGAAUCUCGCAUUGUUUAUUUUAUAUUUUAUUCAGUGAAGUCUCUGAUUUCUUUCGUGUAUUAUCAAAGUAUUUCAUCUAUUGUAAUUAUGUCAUCUCCGUUGCUAGAAAAAAGUAAAGUACUCGGUUGCUUUAGCAGUCGAAUUUUAGGUCGACGUGCUGGCCGUUCCAAAGUGACUCCUAAUUGUGUUUAUUUCUUGGAAAAUUACAAAAGUAGCGAUAAGAGUUGCUAUAUACAUCAUGGUGCUGAAUUUAAAACAAACCCCCGAGUUAAAGCAAGAACAGUGCAGUCUUUCUAUAACCAAUCGGCAAUUGAUAUUGCUGCUGCUAAGCCGUCUGUACGAUUAACUCCAGCUACAAUUCUUUAUUCUGGUAAAAGUCCUGAUGGAAGCCAUAUUCUUAGAAGUGCACAAUAUUUACACAAAGAACUUCCUGUUCGGCUUGCUCACAGAGUUGCUGGAUUUCGUAGUUUGCCUUUUAUUGUGGGUUGCAAUCCUACCAUUUUAUCUGUUCAUGAACUUUAUAUCCGAGCAUUUUACAUGAUUAAUGAAUAUCCCCAAAUAACUGAUUUUGAAACUGAAAAAGGCUUUUGUGAACUGUUGCAAGGUUUGUUGGAAGACCACAAAGAUGUUGUCACUGAUUUAGCUGCUGGCUUCAGAGAAUGCCGCAAGCAUAUUGAGAAUGAGGAAUUAGUGAGAAAUUUUCUAGACCGGACUCUGACAUCCCGCCUUGGUCUAAGGAUGCUUGCUGAACAUCAUUUGGGUCUUCAUAAUGAAAAUGAUCAUGGACAUGGCAAUUUUGUAGGGAUAAUUAAUGUUUCCAUGAAGUUAAAGGAUGUUAUUGAGAAAUGGGCUGACUUUGUGAGGCAAGUAACCAUGCACAAAUAUGGGAAAUCUCCAGCUAUAAAAUUAAAUGGCCACAUCAAUGCUGUAUUUCCCUACAUCCAAGCCCCCCUUGAUUACAUCAUCCCAGAGCUUUUAAAGAAUGCAGUUCGAGCCACAAUUGAAAGCCACCUUGACACAUCUGAAGAGAGCUUACCACCUGUUACCAUAACCAUAGCUAACAAUGAUGUUGAUUUCAUUAUCAGAAUCUCAGAUAGGGGAUGUGGCAUCCCUCAUCAUCUCUUACCCCACAUAAUGGAAUAUCACUUCACGACUGCAGGUGACAGUACAGAUCACAGGCUUGAUGGUGGUUUGUUUGGUCAAAUAAUGAUGGAGCCAACUGAUGGCCCAGCUUCAGGGCCUAUGCAUGGAUUUGGUUUUGGACUGCCAACUUCCCGGGCUUAUGCUGAAUAUUUGGGCGGGUCUCUAGGCCUACAAACAAUGCAAGGCAUCGGUACAGAUGCGUAUUUAAGACUACGUCAUAUUGACGGAAAAUAUGAAAGCUUUCGUAUUUAACUCUCCAAUAUGUGAUAAUUGAAAGUUUAGGAUUUGUGUUCUAAAGGAAACAUACUAAAUAAAUCUCUUUUUGCUCUGCUUCUGUUCUCAGUUAUGAAUGUUUUAUAAUCUUCUUGUGUCUUUGUAUUUUUUUAGCUGCUUUAUUAAUUUAAAAACUUUCAUGUAUUAAUUUAGUUCUGUGUGUUAGUUAUACAUUAAAAAAGAAAAUACCAGAGAUGCACAACCUACUGUCCGCAGACUUAAAUGUCUCAAAAAACAUUUUGACUUCUUGUCUUAAAUUUUAAUAAAAAUGUAAAAGAAAAAAGUUAUUAUUAUUUGCUAGUAAGUAGUUCAGUCUUUCUCAUAUAGUCAGAUUGUUACGGCUUUACAUUUCUUUCAUUCUCAGAAUUUCAACUUUAUAUUUCUUAUGUUUGCUCUCAACAUAUAUGUUCUAGUUUUUAUGAUGAACUCUCUAAAAACGGUUGUGCAUUUCUGGAUUACGCAUUUCUGUGUUUGCUUAAUGUGUAGUGUAAGUUCAUAUAUUAUUUGGCUUUUAUUCAACUUACCAGUGUUAGAUUUACUGUUAAUCUAUCAUGUUAAGUAAAUUUUAUUUUUUACUCCAAAAUUUUUGUGAGGAUGCUGAUUUAUUUUUUAUGCAUAUGCUUUAUUUUGUAUUACAAAUGUAAUUUUAUAUGCUUUUUAUGGUGACCAGACUAUACUAAAUUGUUUAAUGUUUCCUAAUUAUUAGUGCCUGAUGUGUUAUGUUAGAUGUAUCAGAGGUGCCAACUAUUUCAAUUGAUCUGUAAUUAUCAGAUCUCCUAUUUAAGAUUAUUGUCUUGUGGUUGAGUCAUAGAAAUUAGUUUUUGAGAAUUUCCUUAAUAACUUUUAAUUCAUGUUAACUAUCAAGAAUAAUGAAGUUUUGUUCUUUGCAACUAAUCUAGGAUAAUUUUUUCAACUCCUUAAACUAUUCUAAAUAUAAUGUAUGGAAACAAAAUUAUUUUAAUAGAAACAGGAAAUAAAUAUUUUUUUCAAGGAACAUAAACUAGGAUCUGAAAUGCUGUGAGCAAUAUUUUUUAGUGAUACAAAUGCAGGAUGAUAAAAAGGCAAUAAGGAAUAGUUUUCAUUUAACGAAGAGCUAGAACCAAAUUAUCUAUAAGUCUUAUUAAUUUAUAAUGAAAUCUAAAUUUCAGUGUUAUAACUUCUAAUUUUUAAUCUAGUACUUCUAUCUAGGUAUUACUUUAAAAAAAAAAAAUGGUUAAUUCAUGCAAAAUUUUGUUGAUAUUAUAUACCUAUAUAGAAAUAAGUAGUAUAUAUACCUUAAAAUUACUCUGAUUUGAAUUUCAUAAACUCUUAAUUGCAUAUAUUUUCUGUUUUAUUGUACUUCUUAUUAUGGAUAGCUAAUUCAGAAAGCUAGCACUAUGUUUCUAAUGUUAGUUGUGUUCAAAUUUUUUUUUUUAUGUUGAGAAAUUGUGUGUAUUUUAUACAUGUGCUUUAUAUUAUGCCUUAUUUUGUGUUUGCUAUAAAUGAAUCUCUAUAAUAAAUUAUUGAAAUAUGAAUUUCAAAGUGGCAUUUCGUUGUGUAAUUUGUUUUUGUUUCCUAUUGAACAUAAGUCUUUGAUUUGUAUGGUGUUUAAAGUUUGUAGGGAAUGUUUUGUGUUUUUUAGUUGUAAUUCAUCCACAGUGGUUAAAAAAAAUGUUAAAUCCAAUUUUCUCUUUUUUUAACUAAACAAGAUUACUUAUUGAAAGUGCCUAUGUGAAAAACUAAAGUUUUCUGAGAUUGUUUUAUUUUUUUUACUGUUUUGUAUUCAAAUUAUUUUUCGUUUUAUAUUAGAAUCCUUUUUUUAAUGAAAAAUGUAUGAUCUUAACUCAACUUUUAUAUAAAAUACUACUUUUUGAAAUCAAUAGAAAAAGUAUUCAUUCUUAAUUCAUUUUGAUAUAAGUUAUUUUAAUCGAGCGUUAAUACUGUAAUAUUCUUGUUACUAUGGUAGCAUAUAAAUUGGUAAAUGCAGGUGAACUUUCUUUGUUUUUUUAAAUAAAUAUUUGUAUGUUCAGCAUAUUUUUGAUAAUGUUAUGAUUCUACAAUGUGAGAUUAUUUUCAAAUAAACUUUUUUCUACUGAUAUUAAAUUUUGACUUCAGAUUAUAAUGAUAUUGCACUUUUUUUAUAUAUGCUAUAGUUUUGUAAUUUUGACCAUAAAGCUGACAAAUAAAAGUGUAAUUUGCA